AUGGCGGCUCAAGCGCCAAAUGCCGAUCCGGCCGAUAUGACGGGUGUUCUUGACCCGCGAUUUGCGACGCCUUUUAACCAAAUCUAUGAUGUGAACAGACGACUGGCGGCAGUCAGAUUGCAUGGGACUGAGGCAGUGUUUGGCCCUAGGCCCACGUUUUUCAACAGUAGCGAGAAUCCGCAGGAGGUGCCUGACGGACCUGCAGACGAUGACUACCAUGAGUACGAGGUCGAUCCUUGGGGGCGUCCAAGGGAAUCAUUGGUGCGCGAGGAAAAUCCAUUUGCCGACCAUAAUGUAACCCGAAACGAUGCCGAUGAUAGAAGGCACACCGAGGUUGGAGAGCUCCCACACUUUGGAAAUUUCGGACCGUACUUUCGAAAAGUGACCACGAUGGGCACCCUGGCAGGCAAAUAUGUAGCCCCAAAGCAUGUUGGUGGUAGAUACGACAUUACUACGUUAAUGGACGAGCAGCUGAAAAAGGACCCUUUGGCAUUGAACCCUGAUUUUGACGAUUGGAGACGAGAGGUCGAGUUUCAAUUUGGAGAGAAGCCGCCGCCGCCGCCUCCUAGUCUUGGGCCCGCUCCGAAUCCCGGAGAAGCUUCUUAUGACUUCAGUAGCCUCGCAAUAAUAUCAAAAAAUAGGAGGAUCCAACCACUGCUUGUCCCUCACCCAAGUAUCCGUUCUCCGCUCGCCGCUCAAAAAGGCACAGAGGAGGAGAUGAAUGCGGAUAUGGAGCGCAUUAAUUCCCUGUCGGUGGAACUCAGCUCGUCGUGGUGGAUUGCCAAUAUCCUGUGGUGUAUGGGCGAGGACGACGCUUCUUUGACCAGGACCAUUGCCAUGGUUAGGGAGGGCGUCUGCCCCGCAGAGGUGUUUCCACAUGACAUGGAUCCGGCCAACAUUAAUAAACUGGAUAGUUACGAGUACGUAUCGGGGCCACUCGCCUUAUAUGUUCCACAUCGCAUUGUCGAGGGCAGCCCUGACCCGGUCGAGAACAGCUUUUGGGUUCCAAAGCUGAAGGGCGUGGAUGGGUCUGCGGUGAGGUUCAUGCGACCGCCGUUUCCAGAAGCUUGCACACUGGACACGCGAUUCUCUCCGGUCCCGGUUCUUCAGUCUACCGUCUUGCCAGAACGACAUGACAUAGGCCGUCCAGAACUCAAGCUCUGGGACGGGAUCCCUGGGCGUACAUUCCGUUUGCCGCCGUACUUCUGGCCAGAUGAAUUGAGAGACAGUCACCUCGAUGGCGAAGACCGACCCUUCGCCGUUGAUAUACGCCGCGUCCCUGUAAAUCCUACAGUUGGCAACCCUCCGCGCCAGCCACUACACCCUUUCAAACCAACGCGACGUCUGAACACAGUUUAUCGAGACCGCACCAAGGUCCCCCAAAACCCGCUGAGGACAUACAAUUCGGGCACACGUUCUCCAACACAGCACAGUAGACAAACCCACGGGCCAAAUAAACUAGGAGGCAACGUGGAGGAUGAUAAUUCCCCAAGCUUCCUCCAGGACGAGUUCGAAUAUGACCUACAGGGAGAUGUAUGGGGUCCAGUCGGCGGAUUCGAAGGCCGGGACUAUGAGUCUGAGCGCCAAAAGGACCACGAUAGAUGGUACCGCUACUUCCUCAUCAACAACGAUCCCUGGGAACGAACUAUUGUCGUUAAUGGGGUGCAAGUAAAGCCAGGUGCGGUUGCCGGGCCGCUCCCUGCAUUUGCCAUGCUUGAGCUUGGCGGCCAGGCAGCGUUUUGGUUCGGCGUCGAUGGCCGAAAUUAUGAUCCUAACACCGCGCCGCCCACUGAGAAGAGGGUGGCGGAGAACGAGGCUCCUGGGGAUGGAAACCGCGCCAAAGUUCAACGACUAGUACCCAGACCGUGGUCUCCGGGCCAAGAAACGGGAGGGACAUUCCAGGCUUUUAUGACGAUAACUAUACCGGCUGGAACCUCCCCUGUUAUUCUGCCGUCCCCUGAUACUGCUACGGCUGCGGUGUUUGCCAACUUGCAAGUUGGCCAGACUCAGAACCGGCCUGUAGCGCCGGUGCCUUUUGGGGGUUUCAGGGGAAAUGCACCGGAGUUUGUACCGGGUUCUUCGGGUGGUCUAGUGGGGCUAGGGUUGCGAGGAGGAGCAGGCGAAGAUGAUCUAGAUCCUAUGGGCAGUGGAGGUGGUGCGGCGCCAUCUGCCGCCAAACGGGCGGGUCCUGUGGUAACCGACGAGAACAUCGAGGAAAUGAUGGAAGAGGCGGCUCGCCAAAAGGCAUUGGCAUAUGCUGCCGCAGGUGCAGUAUUGGCCGGCGGCACUCCGCAACAGGGGAAUACUGGGACUCCGCAAAAUAUCAGUACUGGGACUCCGAAAACCAUCACCACUGGGAAUCCGCAAAAUACCAGUACUGCGAUUUCACAUCUUUUCAAUUUGAUUCCAUAUCAAUUCACUCCUGUGGCUCUACAGCCCAUGAGCAAGGGGGCUCCACAAUAUAUGACUACUGAGACUCCGCCAUAUAUGAGUGCUGGGGCACUAGAGAGCCUGUUAGAGCGUUAUGGAAUCUGCGUCGACCCUUCGUGGGAUAGGGCAAGAUUGCUUAAUGAACUGUUAAAGAAGUAG